AUAAUCCUACAGCGUCAAAUGUCGAAUCAUUUUCGUAGCAAAUAAUGUAGUGCGUUUUGACUGUGAGUAGGAUGAAAUAGUUCGAAACCUCGUUUUUUAUCAUAAGUCAUAAACCUUCCCAUAAACGCUUGCUUGGCCGUUGUACUAUGUACAGGUUUGUGGUUUGCACCAUACAAUUCACGAAACGUUUACUACCUGGUUGCGGAACGAUUUCAAUGCUGGCAUCAGUUCAAAGUUCUUCCAGUAUCACCAGUGUGUAGGUCAGUGUUAAUUUUCUUAGUAACAAUCUACAUAUGUUACAACAAGUUAUCAUUACAACCUGAUAAAAGUUUAUUUACGUUAACCUUGAUAGGCGUGGCUCAAUAUGAUGCUCAUAAACCAAGUGAUUAUAUCUGAACUGGCCAGAUACAGAGUGAUUAGAUUUAGAUUCGAACGUGUGUAUAUCAGUACUUGGUUAUUCUCAUUUUAAGGCUGUUUCACAAAUAUUCAAAGAAAUGUAUGUUCUUGGUGUAAAAUUUGCUCCUGUAAAUACUCCCGUGGAGAAACGAUUGCAAACUCUUGCUGCCGGUGUGGGCUUCGCGACGCUUUUAUUUGGAGGGAUUGUAGGAGCGAUUGUUAUGUUAUACCUAUUCUUCUGCACGAACUAUUGGCCAGAAGUUAUAAUUUACCUGGUAUGGAUAUACGUAAUUGAUAUAGAUAUUUGCGAUGAAGGAGGAAGACGAUUCGAAUGGGUGCGUAAAUGGGCAUGGUGGCGCUACAUAACCGAUUAUUACCCCAUAAGACUGCAGCGUGUGCCUUGGGUUCAACUGGAUCCCAAACGAAACUACUUGUUUUGUUGUUUUCCGCACGGCAUAUUGCCAACAGGCGCCUUUUCCGCAUUUUGCUACGGUGAAAGCGAAUUUCGUGAUUUAUUUCCAAACCAUACUCCGCACUUAUGCGUGCUAAAGCUACUUUUUUAUUCCCCAUUGUUACGGGAUUUGAUGCUUGCGGUUGGAAUGUGCAGCGUUUCGGCUAAAUCGCUCGACUCACUCUUAGGGUCGGAUAAAGGAGGCAACGUUGUAGCGGUGGUCGUGGGUGGUGCGGAAGAAACCUUUUACGCCAAACCGGGCAAUUAUCAUGUAGUAUUAAAAAAUAGAAAGGGUUUUGUAAAAAUGGCACUUAAACAUGGCACGCCACUUGUUCCGGUCUUUUCGUUUGGGGAAAUAGAUCUAUUUAAUCAAGUUCGUAAUCCCAAAGGAUCCGCUGUUCGACGACUGCAAGAGUGGGUGAAAAAGGUGACCGGAGUGGCAUUUGCAAUUCCAUUAGGACGUGGUUUUCUUCAAUAUUCGUUUGGUUUGGUUCCAUUGCGAAAACCUGUAACUACAAUAGUCGGUCAACCUAUUGAGGUCACGAAAAAUCCCAAUCCCACACGAGAGGAAAUUGACGAUUUGCAUGCACAAUUCGUGAAACAGUUAAUGAAAUUGUUUGAAGAGCAAAAACAUAAUUAUCUACACCAUAAAGAAGACGUGUCUUUAAUAAUUAUGUGAGAAAACGAACUUCUAGUAUGGUUCCGGUGUGAAGAACAACACACUACAAUUAUUUUCCCAACAUUUAGCAUCAAAAGUGAUUUUGGAAAGAGGCUACAAAGUAACUAGGUACAUCUGCGUUAGUGCGCUUAAGUUCACUCACUUAAAUUACUCAACGUAGGUAGAUGGUUCAAUCAAGCAAUAAGACAAUAGACAACCAAUAUUAUGUAGCAUCAAAGCAACAUGUUUACCUACUACACAGUAUUAAAUCGAUGUCUAUAUAUAACACCACAAGAACUUUGAUUUAGGUACUUACUUUGAGUCACUUACCGCAUAAUCUAUUUUCUCUCUUUCUCAAAAUAUGUAAACAUGUUUAUUUUUGUUAAUUAUGCGAAUGUAAACACUAUCAUUAGAUUAUUAAGAAAUCGCCAGUAGAAACAAAGGUAUGGUUUUGAUGGUUGGCGACGCACGAUAAACCUUUGUUUCUAUUGGAUAUAGUAUAGUAAUAUCGCCUAUGGUGGUCCUAGUCACAGAUUCACACACUUAUAAUAGCCACCUGUACUGUAAUACCACGCAUAAUAUCAUUAACUACAUUGAUUUACAACAUUUU